GAGAAAGGGUGGAGAGAGGAGAAGCGAAGGAACAGAGAGAGAGAGAGAGAGAAACAGAGCAUUAAAAAUCACAGCAAGAGAGAGAGAGAGAGAGAGGGAGUUUUAUGUAUCGGUUAAUGAGCAGGGAAGAAGACAUGCUCUGAAUCCACCUGUGUCCUUUUGCUCCCCACCAUCCCUCUCUCCCUUCUCUGUCCUCUCAUUCUCUCUCUCUCUUUCUCUUUGAGAGCAGUCGAUCUCUCCUAUUUCUAUCUCUCUCUCCGUAUAUCGCUCCCCUUUGUUCGCGUGCUCUGUGAAAAGAGAAGUAAAAGAGAGGAGGGGGGUAGAGAGAAUCCCCAAAGCUUUGUUGUUGUGGUAAAAGAGUCAUCUUUCCCUCUAUUUCUCUCUCUCUCUCUCUCUCUCUCGCUCUCCCCCCAGCCCAAAAAAAACAAAGGGAAUUAUUAGUCAAAGACCAAGGAAGAAGAGAAGGAGAAGGAGAAAAAGCAACAGAGAAAGAGGCGGAGGAGUCGGUCUCCGCCUCCCCCUCUGUUCCCUUCCCCUGUAUUUAGGCAUUCAAAAGUUGUGGGUUUGUCAAUUAGCUAUUUGUGGGUCAUCAAGUUUCGAUUUUGAGAACGACCCAGUUUAGAAAGCCUCCGAUUUUGCCCUACCCAACCCAAUUGGGGAUUUGGGAUUUGGUAUUCGGGACUUCCCUCCCUCUCCCUCGCUCUAAACCAUCAAAAAGGAGAUCUCUUUCGAUGGUUCUUCGGUAGAAGGGGAGGCGUUUCGAUAUUAGGAAGCGGAGAGGAAGGAAGGAGCAGCUGGUGACAAUGGAGGCGGCGGAGGAGAUGCUCGUGGAGGUCCACGAGGAGCCCAGCAUCGAAACCGACAAGCUGAGCUACGAGAUCUUCUCCAUUUUGGAGAGCAAGUUCCUUUUCGGCUACGACGACGACAAGCUCUGGGUCCCGAAGCCAUCGCUGGUCUCCGCCGCCGCGCCGGACGCCGACGCGGACGCUGCGGCGGCGGCGGCUGCGACGGCGGCGGCGGUGAAGACGCAGAGGGGGAAGGUGUGCGUGCUGUGCAUCGACGGCGGGGGCGGCGGGGGGAUGCGCGGGGUGAUCCCGGGGAAGGCGCUGUCGCAGCUGGAGCAGGCGCUCAAGGCCAAGUCCGGCGACCCCGACGCGCGCAUCGCCGACUACUUCGACGUCGUCGCCGGCACGGGCGUGGGCGGCGUCUUCGCCGCCAUGCUCUUCUCCACCCGCGACGGCGCCCGCCCCGCGUUCCGCGCCGACGACACCUGGCGCUUCCUCGCCGAGCACGGCAAGCGCCUCUUCCGCGCCCGCUCCUCCUCCUCCUCCACGUCCGGGCUCCUCAAGCGCGCCCUGAGGAGGCGGAAAAGGGGGCCUCUGGGGGCCGCGACCGAAGCCAUGGACGCGGCCAUGAAGUCGGCGUUCGGGGAGCGGCUCACGCUCAGGGACACGCUCAAGCCGGUGCUCAUCCCCUGCUACGACCUCAAGAGCGCGGCGCCCUUCGUGUUCUCGCGCGCCGACGCGCUCGAGAGCGAGAGCUACGACUUCCGACUGUGGGAGGUGUGCCGCGCCACCUGGGCCGAGCCGGGCCGGUUCGAGCCGGCCGAGGUGCGCUCCGUGGACCGGUCCACCACCUGCGUCGCCGUGGACGGGGGCCUCGCCAUGAGCAACCCCGCCGUGGCCGCCAUUACCCACGUGCUCCACAACAAGAACGAGUUCCCCUUCGUGCGCGGCGUCGAGGACCUCCUCGUCCUCUCCCUCGGCGGCGGCGGCGGCGGCGGCGGCGGAGGAGGGGGCGGGGGCGCCGCUGCAGCCGAUACCCGUAGGCUGCGGCAGUGGGGGCCCAAGGAGUGGGCGCGGCCCGUCGCGCGCAUUGCCGCCGACAGCGCCGCCGAGCUCGUCGACCACGCCGUGGCGCUCGCGUUCGGUCAAUGCCGCAGCUCCAACUACGUCCGAAUUCAGGCUACUGGUUCGAGCGCAAUGACGAGUGGGACAGAUGCCGAUUAUGACCCAAGCCCCGCAAACAUUAAGGCCUUAUCCACAGCUGCAGAAGAAAUGAUGAAGCAGAAGAAUGUGGACUCCAUCUUGUUCGGGGGAAAGAGAAUUGGAGAGCAGGCAAACAUGGAGAAGCUCGAUUGGUUUGCUGGGGAGCUUGUCUUGGAACGAGAGAGGAGGAGCUCCCGAAUAGCUCCAACUGUGGUCUUGAAGCAGGCUCCUCCUCGGCCCUUGUAGACCGGUUUAUCAUAUAGUAAGAAACAAGCCUUUUUUCCUUUUCUUCCUUUCCGUUAUUUACUGAGGCAGUGAUAUUAACAUAGCAGAGAUUACCGUUGAUAUAGCAGGUUGAAUGAACCUAGUCAAGUCCACCAUUGGAACACUGAGUAGGUUCAGUGUAUCUCUCUAUCGAUAGUAUCAUCUGCUUCUGUUAAUAUCGCUACCCUUUACCAAUUCCUGCUGGUUUUUUCAACAUAGCAGUGUUGUGUUGAUUUCCAAAACAAUUACCCACCUGAAAGUAAAUCAAAGGGAAAAAGACAAAAAAGUUUGUGAAAUAUUUGGUGGUGAUGUCAGGAAGAAAGGAAUUAUGUUCGCUGUUUAUUAUUUAUUGAUCCUUUUAUUUAUGAUUAUAAGAGAAUUAUUUAUGUUGUCAUUCCAUUUUCAAGCUCAAAAAGACUGUCUUGGACGAAGUCACAAUACUUCAUAAAGUACAUAAUUAUUAUUCAUAUAUACUUUGCAAGAUGGACUUAUUGUGUGCUUAAAUAUAGCAUCAUGUAACAAAUUAGCCAAAAAUGCCCCUUAUUUUUUUUUGUUGUUAUAGAUUAUAUGGCUUUGUAAUUUUGGCCGUCGUGAUAUAUGAAGGCAUCUUAGUAUUUAAAACAACGAUGUCCUUGCAAGUGUAGCUUAUCAAAACAAACCCUCAUAAAUAUUCGCCUUAGCUUUCUUCUA